AUACUAAGGUAGUGACUGUGCGUCCCGUUGUAUGCUGUUCUGCUCAUUGGUGCGCCGCGUAGCCUGUGUGAGGUCACACGAGGCUGUCAGCACUGGCGACUCAUAUACCCGAUACCCGACGUAAAAGAUCGAAUGAUGUAGGAUCGAAUCUGGACAAAUAUGCGCCAGCAUUAUUAGCUGCGGCCGCCGCAUAGAACUGAAAUAUAUAUGCCUACCUGCAUACUUAGUUCGACAUAAAUUGGGCUAUAUCGUAAUACAGAUUUCUUUCACAGCCUCACACCCACUUGAUCACGACUUCUCCGUUCGACCACCCUCACCAUGGCGCCAGAUCUUAACGCAAUAGGAAGCGGCCAGCGGUGGGACUAUUCUACUCCAGGAUCUGGCGGUUACAACAUCCCGGACAUAGUCUACGAUGACCCCUCAUCUAGGAAGCUCAAGAUCUUGACCAUCGGAGCUGGCUUGUCGGGUAUCCAGAUGGCAUACCAAAUCCAGAAGAACACGCAGAAUGUUGAGCAUGUAAUCUACGAGAAAAAUGCCAACUUGGGAGGCACAUGGCUGGAAAACAGAUAUCCAGGAUGUGCUUGCGAUAUUCCGUCACAUGCCUACACACUCAACUUCGCUCUGAACCCCGACUGGCCUCGUUUCUUCUCGUACGCUCCAGACAUACAAAAGUACCUCGAAAAGGUCUGCGAUGUUUUCGACUUGCGCAAGUACAUGACAUUCAACACCGAAGCUACCAGAGCCGAGUGGCAAGACGACGUGGGUAAAUGGAAGAUCACCCUCCGUCAGAAGACGGCAUCCGGCGAAGAAAGAGAGUUUCAAGAGGAAUGCGACCUUUUUCUCUACGCUUCUGGUAUCUUGAACAACUACAAAUGGCCAGGCAUCAAAGGCAUCAACAGUUUCAAGGGUCGCAUUGUCCACACGGCGACCUGGCCGAAAGACUACCAGAGCGAGGAAUGGAAAAACGACCGUGUAGCUGUUAUCGGAUCCGGCGCGUCUUCAAUCCAAACUGUACCAAAUAUGCAGCCGCACGUAAAGCACAUGGAUAUUUUCGUCCGAACCGGUGUGUGGUUUGUCCAAAUCGCGAACAAUUUUGGCCAGAAUAAGGAGUAUUCACAAGAAGAACGCGAUGAGUUUCGGAAAGAUCCGAGGAAGCUAGUUGCGCAUGCUAAAGAUAUUGAAAACCAGGUCAAUGGGCUUUGGGGAGCAUUCUACACCGGAAGUCAAUCGCAGAAGGACGCUCAAGCCCUGUUCAGAGAACGAAUGAAGGAGUUUCUCAAGGAUGAGCGGCUUUUGGAAGGCUUCACCCCAAAGUUUGAAGUCGGCUGCCGUCGCAUAACCCCCGGCGAUCCCUAUAUGAAGGCUAUUCAGGAGCCGAACGUCGACGUUCAUUUCACAGCUGUCAAUGAGAUCACCGAAAAGGGUGUGGUUGGCGCGGAUGGCGUCGAGCGCGAGGUCGACACAAUAGUCUGCGCAACUGGCUUCGACGUAACCUACCGUCCACGCUUCCCCAUCAUCGGCAAAAAUGGCGUCGACCUCUACGAAAAGUGGAAGAAUGAGCCUGAAGGCUACCUCGGUCUCGCAUGUCCGGACAUGCCCAAUUGGUUGAUGUUCAUUGGACCAACCUGGCCUGUAGAAAACGGCUCAGUCACCGGCCCUCUACUGGCAGUUGCUGAGUACACAAUCCAAAUCAUCAAAAAGAUGCAACGCGACCACAUCAAGUCAUGGGUUCCACGACAAGACAUCACAGAUCAAUUCAACGAGCAUGCGCAAGAGUGGAUCAAGCACACAGUUUGGAAAGACGAUUGUAGAUCCUGGUACAAGAACAACGACACCGGGCGAGUCAAUGCCGUCUGGCCAGGCUCAUCAAAUCAAUAUGCUGAGGUGAUCGAGACUCCGCGAUACGAAGACUUCGAUAUCCAGUACAUGCACAAGAAUCCUUGGGCACACCUGGGUAUGGGCUAUGCGAUGCGUAAUAAGCAGUUCCCAGAGGCUGAUGUUAGUCCGUACCUGCAGUUGGAGAAUAUUGAUCCGCAGUGGUUGAAAGCUAUUGGGUAUGAGGGGCCAGCGGGCGAGGUGCAGAAAGCAAGAGAUCAAAAAGAUGAGCCGGAUGUGAACAGAACGGGAGAAGAUGCAGGUCUGGGGCAUGGAGACGGAAAUACGCUAACAUAAUAUGUUCGAGUGAUAUUGCCUGUGUACGUUACCAUGCCAUCAUCUAAUCAUGAUAGUCACAACUGGAAAUCAUAGUUGUAGCUAUCCGCGUUGCUCAUGAGAUACU